AUGGCGGCACCUACAGAGUCCCAAAAGUUCCUUUCUACGCGAGGUGGUGACUAUGGCCUCUCCUUCGAGACUGUUGUCCUGAAGGGCCUUGCCGCUGAUGGCGGUCUCUUCCUGCCUCAUGAAGUGCCACAGGCAACCAACUGGGAGAGCUGGAAGGAUCUUUCAUACCCCGACCUUGCCUUUGAGAUUAUGCGCCUGUACAUCUCCCCCUCCGAAAUCCCCUCCGAAGACUUGAAAUCGAUCAUCAACCGAAGCUACUCCACAUUCCGCUCAGAGGAAGUUGUUCCGCUGGUGAAACUCCAGGAUAACCUGCAUGUUCUGGAGCUUUUCCACGGCCCAAGCUACUCCUUCAAGGACUGCGCUUUGCAGUUCCUUGGAAACCUUUUCGAAUAUCUGCUUGUGCGCAAGAACCAAGGAAAGGUAGGCAAGGACCGACACCACCUAUCGGUAGUUGGUGCGACUAGUGGCGAUACUGGAUCCGCAGCUAUUUACGGCCUCCGAGGCAAGAAGGAUGUUUCGGUCACCAUCUUGCACCCCAAGGGUCGUGUUAGCCCUAUCCAGGAGGCUCAGAUGACAACCUGCAUCGACCGAAACGUACACAACCUUGCCGUCAAGGGCACAUUCGACGAUUGUCAGGACAUCGUCAAGGCUCUGUUCGGUGAUGCUGAUACAAAUGAGACUCUGAAGCUCGGUGCUGUGAACUCGAUCAACUUCUCCAGAAUCCUCGCCCAGAUUGUCUUCUACUUCUAUUCUUACUUCUCCCUUGCGAGAAAGUCCUCUUCGUUCAAGGUUGGGGACAAGGUCCGAUUUGUCACUCCUACUGGAAACUUCGGAAACAUUCUUGCGGGUUACUUCGCUACUAAAAUGGGACUGCCUGCUGACAAGCUGGUUGUUGCCACCAAUGAGAACGAUAUUUUGCACCGAUUCUGGCAGACUGGACGCUACGAGAAGCACCCCGUCCAGGACGCGAAUAAGGCCGAUGCCUGCAAAGAGACAUACAGCCCUGCCAUGGAUAUCUUGGUCUCUAGUAACUUUGAGAGAGUGAUGUGGUUCCUUGCAAGAGAAUCCGCACUCGCUGCUGGCAAGGAUAAAGACUCCAGCAACAAGCAGGCUGGUGAAGACGUCCUGGCGUGGUACCAGUCACUCAAGUCAACAGGCGGCUUCGGACCGGUGCCAGAGGAUAUUAUGGCAAAAGGACGCCGCACCUUUGAGAGCGACCGUGUGAGCGAUUCCGAGACAGUUGAGACUAUCAAGAGCUGUUACCAACAGACGAAAUACAUCCUCGAUCCCCACACCGCCGUUGGAAUCACUGCAUCACACAGGUCGAUUGCUCGGUCUAGCGUACCUCACAUCUCGCUUUCGACUGCCCACCCUGCCAAGUUCUCAGAUGUUGUCACAAUGGCUUUGAAGGACGAUCCUGCCUUUGAUUUCGAGACCCAGGUGCUUCCUGACGAGCUGAAGGCUCUUUCGUCCAAGGAAUCCCGUGUGGAUGAUGUGAGCAAUUCAUGGCAGGAAGUUAGGGAGAUCGUUAAGGGCUUUGCCGAAGCUGACAUGAAGGCCGAGGCAAGUGUUUAA